AUGGCGUCAAGCUUGCAGAAAAUCGAAGUGGAUGAGUCUGUCCUUUUGCGCGUUACUCAUUCUAAUCUCAAAACUUUCAACCCUGAUAUUCGCUUCUCCCUUCAGCUUACAGUGGAGGCAGUGAAAGAGAAGCUGUGGAAAAAAAGUGGUACUUCCGUCAACUCAAUGCACCUCGAACUAUAUGAUGAUGUUCGCAACAAAAUCGCUGAUCUCACUGAUAAUUCCAAACUGCUUGGUUUCUAUUCUCCCUUUGAUGGGUUUCGUUUGCAUGUCAUUGAUCUUGAUCCAGCAUCUGUCACAUCGGGUGGAUGGCUGGAAGAUACUUCAUUGGUGAAAAAAUAUGAAAUUUCUGAAGAAGCCUUUAAUAAGCGAGGAGACACUUUCAGAAAAUAUAAGGAGAAAUUGACUUCUCAAUUUCCAUCAACCGUCGAGGCAAAAACACCAGAUACUGACAUGGAAGACCUCUGUGCUAAUAUCAAGGUAGGAUCAAGAUGUGAAGUUGAGCCUGGGGCAAAAAGGGGUGUUGUAAAAUUUGUUGGUCGGGCUGAACCACUGGGUCCUGGUUUCUGGGUCGGAGUUCAGUAUGAUGAACCCUUGGGCAAACAUGAUGGCAUGGUCAAAGGAGUACGUUACUUCCAAUGUCCUCCAUCUCACGGGGGAAUAGUUAGGCCGGAGAAAAUGAAGAUUGGUGACUACCCUGAACGAGAUCCAUUUGAAGAGGAUGAAAUUUGA